AUGUCUGGCGGUUUCAUUGUGCAAGCGGUCCACCGUACCCUUCAAGCUCGUCGUGUGGAAAUACAACUGGCGAAACUCGCUCUCCAAGAGGAAAAUGAUUGGGAGAUUGCAGCAAUUCCCGACCAUCCAUGGCUCAAAUUUAAUGGCAGUGAUAAGAUGUUAGACAUUUUACUUGACUUUGCUGCUGCUCGCCAUUGGGCCAUGGCUAACGUCGUCUAUGAGCUUAACAAGUUCCGCCAACUUGACUCGGUUCGAGUCUCAAUGUCUGUACAAAGAGUUUACUGGGAACAGGUGAAGCCCGUCAGUGCCAUCUAUGGAUUGGACCAUCCCCACUGGACUUUCGCCAUUGUCGAGAAUGGUGCGGAGAACGCAGUUGAGAUUGGUUCUGACGUUGAUUGCUACGGAUCUUUCGGGGUGAAGGAUGCAUCUACCCACACCUUACCAUUGGCCUUUGCGAUGAUCAUUGCAGGUUAG